CGCCCGCCCGUCGAGCCGGCGGGCCGGUGUAUGUCGUGCCGUGGGCUCCGUACGGGACUCCCGGUGAAUGAGCGCUGCCCGACGCUUGCCGCCGGCCUCGGCCCCCACCUCCCCUUGCCGGGGUGAGGUUCCCUGAGGGACCGCGGAUCACGCCUCUGUCUGCGGCGGCAGGCGCCCUCAGCUCGCUGCGGCGUGCCACGCUGCGGAGCCUACUCGCAGUUUAUUUAUUUAGCCUUCUCACGUCCCGCUCCCCGGCGUAGCCCCCCACCAGUUUUUGUUUUUUUUUUCUGACCCCUUCUUAAUUUUUCCGCAUCCCGUCUCUCCGCGAUGCCGCACGUGGAGAUGCUGCUGCUGGCGGCCGCGGCGCUGUGGGUGUGCGUGCGCGGGCAGGAGCCCGGCGCCAAGGCGGUGGCCGAUCGCUACGCCGUCUACUGGAACAGCACCAACCCCAGAUUCCAGCGGGGUGACUACCACAUCGAUGUCUGCAUCAAUGACUAUCUGGAUGUGUUUUGCCCUCACUAUGAAGAUUCGGUUCCAGAAGAUAAGACAGAACGCUAUGUUCUGUACAUGGUAAACUUUGAUGGCUACAGCUCCUGUGAUCAUACCUCCAAAGGGUUCAAAAGGUGGGAGUGUAAUCGGCCACACUCCCCAAACGGACCAUUGAAGUUCUCAGAAAAGUUCCAGCUCUUCACUCCCUUCUCUCUAGGAUUUGAGUUCAGGCCAGGACGGGAAUAUUUCUACAUCUCUUCUGCGAUCGCAGAUAAUGGAAGGAGAUCCUGUCUAAAGCUGAAGGUCUUUGUGCGGCCAGCAAACAGCUGUAUGAAAACUAUAGGUGUUCAUGAUCGUGUUUUCGAUGUUAACGACAAAGUAGAAAAUUCAUUAGAACCAGCAGAUGAUACCGUACAUGAGUCAGCCGAGCCAUCCCGUGGUGAGAAUGCGGCACAGACACCAAGGAUACCCAGCUGGCUUUUGGCAACUCUAUUGUUCCUCCUGGCAGUGCUUUUGAUAUUAUAGCACAGUGUGCUCCAGCAACCUGUCGCAGAAAAUAUCAGGGUCUUGGAACAUCAAAGACCCACCUAACUGGUCAUCCCAGGAAAGGGACGUUACUGUUUUUGCAGAUGUCAAAUUGCUAUUUUUCCCUUAUUCUUUUUUCUUCUCCCUUUUAGCCUGAACUUGGCAAAAAUUUGAAGGGGAUAACUAGCUUCAGUACUCAUCCCUACCUACCCUCUGACUUUCUAAACCCCUCCAAUAAAUAAAAAGACUCCAAAUGAGUAUGCCAAACUAUGGUAGUGACACUAGUGAUUCUUAUUUUCCUCUGCAUUCUAUUUUAAGAAGUCACCUUUGUUAGCUCUAUGUGUCAUCCAUAUGUGGACUUGGAAGACCAACAACAGAUUCAUUUAGUGAAGGAUAAGGAAAGUGAGUGAAAGCCUGGGAGAGUUUUUCUCUCCAAUACAGUAUUUAUUCAGCACUGUAAGAUGAUCAUGCAAGGCAUCAAGUCACCAUGUCAGGACUGGAGGGGAAAUAUAAGACAGAUAUAACACCAUAUCCUCCAGGAGUUUCUAAAUGAACAGGCUUCUGAAAAGGAAAGAUGUUUCAUAUAGGACUGUCUUGAAACAUCUUUGACAGUAAAAUUUGUGUUCACAAGUAGAAAUGCUGUCUUUGGUGAGAGGAAGAAGUAUUUAGGAAUGUUAGCACACAGUAGGCAAGGUGAGAUUUAGGAAACUUCACUGGGGUUGUGAGUGCCUCUGUUAUUUCGUUUUAAGGGGAUAAAGCACAACGGAUUAUUUUAUUUUAAAAUAGAUCACCGUGGUGCCAGUUUUUUUCUUGAAAUGCAGAGGCACUUUUCAGAAUAAAGUGACCUUCCCCAGCAUUGACUUAGUGGGUGAUAUCCUUCAAUACUGCUCUAGGUGUUAAUACAUGUUAAGAGAGGACAUGAGUGGCCAGAGAAAACAUAUUUGGGACACAGGAUUUUCAGUGUGCUCCUGAUUUGUCUCUCCUGCAAGUUCCUCACUCAUGGGAAUAAACAUUUGUAGAAGAAUCCAGGACAGUCUUGUAGCACUCUUUGGUGGAGGGAAGGAAAAGAAGUGUGGAAUAUUAAUUCAAGUGUUGAUUUUUUAUCUUUUCCCUUUCCAGAACAGUUGAGGAAAUGUGUUUAUCAGCCAGAGAUAAACUAGAUGG